GUUUGGAUCUCACUAGGCUGCCAAAUUUAGUAAGUGUGUGUAAGGGAGAAGACGCAAUUCUUCCAGCUAACUGCACCUUCUCAUUCCUUAAACAUCUCUCUAUCCAGGAAUGUGAUAGUAUGAAGAAGUUGUCGCAGGCAUUAUUGCAAAAUCUCAAAAACCUUGAGACACUUACUGUGGCAUACUGCGAACAAUUAGAAGAGAUAAUAGGAGGGGGAGUUGGGGAUGAAGAAGAAGGUAUAGAAGGUAGUAGUAAUACCCUCCCCAAGCUUAAACUCCUACGACUUGAGUUCCUGCCAGAAUUGAAAAGCAUAUGCAAUGGUAGAGAAAUGAUUUGUCCUUCCAUUGAAAGAAUAAUCAUUUCGCAUUGUAAAAAUAUAAAGAGGAUGCCUUCGAUUUUUCCCAUUGAUGAUGCUACUAGACAACCAUACCUUCCUUCGUCCUUUGAAAGGAUCGACUUCAAUGGAGAUGAGAAAGAAUGGUGGGAAUCGUUGGAGUUUCACAAUCCAAAUGCCAAACACUUCCUUGAAUCUCACAUCAAGUGGCUUUGGAGGUCUCUUAUGUUGUUUGUUAAUGUCACUCUAUAUUUGGUUUUCAUUGAGUUUUCUAGCCAUCACAAAUUUUAUCUACUUUAAUUUGAGUUUCAAUAAUUCAAAAGAACAAACUCUUCUAAUACUUAUUUCUACAUAUUUUUAGUGGACUAUUUUAUUGU